UUCAUACUGUUGUUUAAUUGACUUCUAUGGUUGCACAGCUCUCCUCAGAUCCUUCUGCUUUUCUUCCUCAUGGUCUCAAUAUGGAAAACUAGUCUUUCAGCCACGCAAGAUUUGAUUAGUUUCUUCAAUGGUACAUCCUCUCCUCCUACAAAUACUUAGCACUUCACCUCCUCAACUAAACGCCUUCUUUUGUUCCAGUCUAUCUUUUAAUGUUUCUUCCUGUCAAAGCUGAAAUCCAAUUCCAUGGAAUCUACUUCUGCUUCUUCCUCUAGUUGUAACGCUGGGUAUAAUCAACCAGAGAUUGAACAUACAAAUGCUUCUCAAGCAAUUGCUCCAUCCCCAUCUACUUCUGCUGUACCAACAGUGGGAACCCUGUUUUCAUCCUGUUUCAAUUGGUGCUCUUUCUUUCUUUCUCUGUGUUCAAGGCAAUCCAAUUCUAUAGAAUCUCCCAGUAGUAGUCAAACAGAGAAUGAGGUUACAAAUGCUUUUCAAGGACUCGCGCCAUCUCCUUGCGCUGCAUCGUCCUCAAAAAUGAGGAGGCAGUAUGAUGUUUUCAUUAAUCAUCGCGGUCCUGAUGUCAAAUACGCUCUAGCCACAACUCUUUAUAGAAUGCUGAGUGGAAUGGGACUUGGAGUUUUUCUGGAUUCCGAAGAGCUUGAAUUGGGAGAUUCCUUGCCCAGAGAAAUAGAAGAAGCAAUGCGCAAUGCUUCACUUCAUAUAGCAAUCUUUUCUCAGAAUUAUAUUCAAUCCCCGUGGUGUUUAGCAGAGCUGUCAUUUAUGAUCAAAACGGGCAGUAAAAUUGUUCCUAUUUUCUACCAUGUUCAGCCCGAUGAUGUUCGAUAUGCAAAAGGAGUCUAUGCCGAUGCCUUUUCACAGCAUGAAAAGAAAGGUAGAUACGCCUCAGACAAGCUCCAGGAGUGGAAGAAGGCACUGAACAAUGUUUCAUAUAAUAUUGGUCAUAUUGUUAAUGACAAAGCUGACGAGGACAGGCUGUUGAAAAACAUUGUUUAUUGUGUAUUGAAAGAAAUAAAAAAGGUACCAUAUGUGGUCGCAGAACGUCCCGUUGGUCUAGAUGAAGUUGUAAAAGAUUUUGAAUUAACUAUGCUUGAAUCUGAUAAAAGCCAUCAGAAUGUCCAAAUUGUAGGAAUAUGGGGCAUGGGUGGUUCUGGAAAAACAACUCUGGCUAAAAAAUUAUAUAACAAUAUAUAUCCAUCUAUGGAUAAAUCCAGUCUUGUAUUGAAUAUUAGAGGUGCCGCUAGCAAAAGUCUGUUGCAUGACAAACAGAAAAAGCUCUUAAGUGACCUCGGUUUCAGAGAUGUACCAAUUGACAAUAUAGAAGAUGGGAAGGCGAUUCUUGCAAGUAAGUUGAGAUCUGUUCGGGCAUUAGUCGUCCUAGAUGAUGUCGACCAUGUUGACCAACUGGAUGCACUAAUACCUGAUAAGGACGGACUAGGAUCAAGAAGUUUCAUUGCAUCGGGUACUUUGAUUGUGGUCACUACCCGUGAAUUUGAAGUCCUCAGAUCUUGGGGCAUCUCCUCCAUAUAUAAAAUGAAACCAUUGCAACCAUUUCAUGCCAAGCAGCUUUUUUGUUGGCAUGCUUUUUUACAACCAUUUCCAGCACAUGGAUUUGAAGAGCUUGUUGAAAAUUUCUUGAAAGCUUGCAAUGGGUUACCGCUCUCUCUCAAAGUCCUUGGUGCGCAGCUUUAUGGGGACUCUAACAAAGAUCGGUGGAAAACUCAAUUAGAUAAGAUCUUGAGAAUACUGCCCAAAGAUAUCAGCCAAAGGUUAAAAGUAAGUUACGAUGCUCUAGAUGAUGAAGAGAAGGAGAUAUUUUUAGAUGCUGCUUGUUUCUUUAUUGGAGAGAAGAAAACUUUGGCAAUCGCAGUCUGGGAUGGAUCAGGGUGGAAUGGGUUGUAUAGUUUGGAACGGCUUGUGAAUAAGUGUCUACUUGAAAUCAAUGAUAAUGAUUGCAUAAUAAUGCACGACCAUUUAAGAGAUUUGGGCAGAGAAAUUGCAAAUCAACAGUCGCCUUACCGUCUCUGGUUUUCCGGGCAGCUUAUUAAAGUCCAUAGUGAAAGACAGAGAAUUGGAAUUCGAGGUAUAAUGGCAACAACAACUGAAUACACAAGUGAAUUUGAGAGAUUUCAUCCAUCUCCAAAUGGCACAAAGCUCAUAGCUAACACAAGCGAAGGAUAUCGUAGCCUAACGCCCUCUAAGCUGGGAAUAAAAAUUCUUCAGGUUAGAGGAAAUUCUUACCAUCAAAUAAUUGGCAAUAUAUCAAGAGAGCUGGUAUGGCUUCGUUGGUAUGACUUUGGGCAGAACAAUCUAGGUUCACUGGGUUCAUUAAAAAACUUGAGGGUUUUGGAACUCUUCAGAGGAAAAAACACUGAAAAUUUCUUGGAAGAAUUGUGGGAGACUGAUAGUGAUGCUCCUGUGCAGUUGAGAGAGUUGGUUAUUUCUGAAUGCUAUAAUUUCCAAAGAUUUCCAACGUCAAUAGGAGGUCUCAAGAGUUUGAGAAAACUAGUGCUGAGUAACAGUUAUGGGAACAAGAUAAGGAGCCUGCCUGAUGAAUUUUGCCUUCUCCAUUCGUUGGAGCACCUGGAGUUAUCUGGGUGUGGAGAGCUAUCAUCUCUAUGGAGCAGUUUUGGCCACUUGAGAAACCUGAGACAUCUUGAUUUGUCCGAUUGCAAGAUAUUGAGGAGAUUGCCAAUCUCUUUUAAGGAGCUCACACUCCUGCAACACCUCAACUUACAGGGAUGUUCUAAACUCACUUUAGAGCCUAACAUUCUAGAAAAUAUGAUCAAGCUUGAGUACUUGGACCUUUCCAAAUGCGAGCAACUUGAAGAGUUGCCUCGUCACAUUAGAAAUCAGGCGUCCUUGAGAAAACUCUAUUUAGGUGGUAUGUGCAGGUUAAUGGAUAUACCAUUGAACAUCACUGAGCUGAGAAAGCUGCAAGUGAUGAUUAUCGGGAGUGAGUUGCUCACAAGUUUGCCGAGAUCUCUUGGAGAUUUAUCCUCCUUGACUGCUCUUAUGAUUAGGGAAUGUCCCAAGCUGGAGGUUUUACCAGAUUCUCUGGGGUAUCUUAAUCUGUUAGAAUAUUUAGAGAUAUCGAAUUCAGGAGUAAAAUCUUUACCACAAUCAGUGAGGCAACUGAAUAAUCUUCAAAGACUACAUAUUAAUGGGUGCCCAAUCAGCCAACUGGAUCUCCGUACGUGGUCGUUUGCUUCUUCUCUCUGCAGUCUUAAGCAAAUAAAUUUGAUGGGAACAGAAGUUUCCAAGAUUUCUAUCCCUCGGGACUGUUGUCCCGGCCUUGAGACUCUCUUCCUCGACUUCAAUAAAUGUCUAACAGAGAUGGAAAUUCUACCAAGUACAUUGAAGAACUUAAGAUUGAUGGGGUGUAAAAUGGUAAGGAACAUAUGGGGUAUUGGUGAUCUAGAAAACAUUCAAUAUCUGAGCAUAACUUGGUGCCCCGAGUUAGAUGUGUUCCCAGUUUUGCACGAUUAGCUUCUCUCCGAGAAUUUGAACUCAAGCGUUGCUACGGAGUUAAGAAAAUAAACGGUUUGGAAAAUUGCACAGAUUUGGAGGAGCUGAGAGCGGAAACGAGAUGGGAGGAAGCAGGCAUACAAAGUUUGAAUGGCAUGGAAAGAUUGCGCAUCAUGCAUCUCACAGCAAUCAGCAGAUGAGCUGUUGACGGUUGCAUUCAGAGUAUGCAGAAAUGGGCAGACGAAAUUCUGAUAUGUACGCGGGCAGUCCCUUCCGCCGGCUUACUUGUAAACUCCCUCUUUGCCACUCUCGCUGACAAUGCCAUUGACGGGGAUGACGAACAGAAUAUCAAUUCCAGUGACCGUGGAAUUCUGGUAUGUUUUGUUGUAAAUUGUGAAACCCCCAAAACGAAUUUGGCGUUAGUGGGCGGUCAUCUGGUAAUAUCAUCUGUGGAUGUGGAGGAGGGUAGAUGGGUAUGGAUAGCUCUGUUCCCACAAGGUUCCAUGUGGCACACAACAGAGGGGUAUCGAAUCCAGGCGGUACCUACACUCUGGGAAAUGACAACCCCAUUAAUCUCAGGAAGCGAAGGAACGACAAUAAUCCAAGAAAGCCCAAUAAGCAUAAUCCCUUCAUAUGAAGUGGAAGGAGAACUUGCUGUGGCGGGACAAGUAGAAGACAUUGUUGAGUGGUUCAGGUGUUUAUGGGAGCUUUUAACAAAUUAAUGUUGUUUAAUUGGUAUUACUAGAAGUAUGUAAGAUAAGUCAUCCACCUAAAUGGAGCACUAAGAGAUACUUAGAGCAUUUUGGUCUUGUGGAUUAACUAGUGAAUAAUAGUUUCCUAGGUUUCUUUGACAAAUAUAAUGAGUGUUUGAUCCGGAGAUUGGAGGCCGAGAUUGGGUAGUCAAUUUUAGAUAUGAUUAUUUUGCUAUAUUUUAUCCAAAUUUAGACUAUAGAUCUCUUGUGAGAAGAUACAAGUCAUGAAUGCAAUAAUUUAUUUGAAGAAUUAAUUGACAUGGGAUACUUUGGAA